AUGUGGCGCCACGAUGCACUUUGCAAGAUCUCGAUUGCUCCCGAGCCUCAACUCAAUACAGGCUAUAUGGCUAUGGACUCAUCAAGCCCCCCAUCUAAAGUGUAA